AUGGCCUUUGUUUCGGCUGUAGCAUUUACCGUUGCAUGGCGUCAAAACAAAGCCUUGGUUGGAGAUCGUGGUAUUGCGCCAGCCAAAAUUUUGCUGGACAAAGCACAAGAACGUGGAAAAAUGAAGCGCCAACGUAGAUUGGACUGCCGUGAGCAGACAUCUUCUACAACUCGAGCUACCAUUACCGACGUGACAGUCGCGUCUCGUCUACGGCGAAUUUUUCAGUGGAAAAAACUGCCUCGUCGGAUAGGCGAGGCAAUCGAUGAAAAUCCUCUGCUCGUCAAUUGUCGAGAACGACUUUGGGAUCGAUCGGAUUCCAUGGAUCAUCCAGCUAUCAGUCUUCUCUGGCUAGCAAAAGACCGAACCAGUCUGAAUCCAUGGCUUGAUGGUAUCGCUAUAGCUGGAAUUCUUCUUUCUAUCGUUGUUUUUGGUUUAGGAGCAGCCAAUGUCCCGAUAGUUCUUGCUUUAUGGAUAUGUCAGCGCUCGCUGAUGACGGUUGGCGGUCCUUUUUACGCGUUCGGAUGGGAGCCGCUACUGGCCGAAGUUCUUUUCCAUACCCUUUUUCUUGUCCCAUUCUGGUCUCUCAAUCCCAUAGCGAAGGUGCCUGUCCCUGUCUUGGUUCAGUGGACGGUUCGGUGGAUGCUGUUUCGAAUAAUGCUUGGAGCGGGGUUGAUCAAGCUGCGCAGUGGGGACGCAAAGUGGAAGGAUUUGACGGCCAUGAACUACUUUUACGAAACGCAACCGGUGCCGAAUCCUUUGUCGCGCCACUUUCAUCGGAUGCCGGGUUGGUGGCACAAGCAAGAAGUACUUGUCAAUCAUUUUGUGGAAUUGAUCGCCCCGUGGCUAUUAAUUCUACCAGGAUUGCCGGUCCAGUUGCGUCGCCUUGGUGGAACGAUUCAACUUAUCUUUCAAAGUAUCCUUAUAUGCUCGGGAAAUUUCAGCUUCUUGAACUGGCUAACAAUGAUUCCCGCAAUCAUGUGUUUAGAUGAUGCUUUGGUGGGAAGAAUGUUUUCGCCAGCUAUGCAGCAAGCUGCAGUCUUCGCGGUGGCAACCAGCAGGCCUUCUAUUCUGAGACAAAUCGUGAGCGUGACUUUUUUUGGCGUAAUUUUACAACUCAGUCGACCUGUGGUACGCAAUCUCAUGUCGACAAAACAAAUUAUGAAUUCUUGUUACGAUCCUUUGCAGCUUAUAAAUACAUACGGGGCGUUUGGGACUGUUGAAGAAGAGCGCCUGGAAUUUGUCAUUUCGGCAGCGACCAGCUUUGAUGAUGAUUGGAUUGAAUAUGAUUUUAAAGUCAAACGCGGCAACGUCAACGAAAAGCCACGAUGGAUAUCACCGUAUCACUAUCGCAUCGACUGGCAAAUGUGGGUUGCGUCUACUUUGCAUACUAUUGAAAGGAGUCCAUGGUUGUAUAGCUUCAUGAUACGACUCUUGCAGCAAGAUCCCGAUGUCUUGAACCUACUACGAAGGAAUCCUUUCCCAGACGUGCAGUACCAACCCAAAUACAUACGUAUUGACAUGUACAAAUACAAGUUUCACGAUGGUAAACCAAUGGAAAAAAGUCCUCCAUAUUGGGAUCGCGUAUUUGUAAGGCAGGUUUACCCUAGGCAGGGUGCUGCCUCGCUUGAUAGUCUCCAAGCCGAGAUAGGUAUUGCAUAA